AUGGAAGAGCGAAAAUGUGAAGAGCUAAACAUGGAUUGUUUGGUGAAUGUGCUUGGGAGAUUGGGAAUGGAGUCCCUGCUAUUUGAUGUUCCCUUCGUAUGCAAAUCACGGUACAAAGCAACUCUAAAUCCUCUAUGCUGGCAGCAUCUUGAUUUUCCUAAAACCUCAAACUCCUUCAAAUCAAGAUUAUUGGAUGAAUAUCGAUCAAAAGGAUUUAAGGCAACUGAAUUGAUUAAGUUAGCCAUUGAUCGUAGUGGUGGAUCUGCUGUUUCACUAGUUGUUCCUAUGUAUUUUACGGAUGAGGCAUUUGUUUGUCUUGCGGAACGUUUGGUAGUGGAGGCUGUUCUCCCUCCCCUUGAGGGCGGGAUGAAUCUGUUUGCCAUGGAUAUUGGGUGCCCUGCCUUGAAAUUUCUGACGCUGCCUCUUGUAGCAUCAAAUGAAAGUCCCUUCUUUUCAAGAUUUAUAAGCAAGUGGAAAAGUAUUUCCGGAGGCUACAUUGAGAAAGAUGAAUCAUUGCUUAUAGUCACCUUACUGCCAAACAUAAAGUGUUUGGAUCUAAGGCAGACAUAUCUGAAUCGGGAGGCUCUUGUAAGGAUUUUGAAGUGCUGUAGAAACCUUGUGUAUUUUGAUGUUAGAGACUGCGAAGGUUUUGAGGGUGACGAAGAGAUAUUGAAGCUUGCUUCUCAUAUUCCUAACUUCAUUUAUGGUUCAAGAGUGCCAGAAGAGGGCUUGAUAUGUACAUUUUCAGGAGUGCCGGAUGAUGGCUGGAGUGAAGAUGAGAGCGAUGAUGAGAGUGGUGAUGGCUUUACCAUCCACCCUGGCGGAAAUGGCGAGUGA